UGUGCGGUCGUGACCGUCGUUCAACUUUUCUAAGACACAGUUUUUCAUUUACAAAUCGUAAAAUGUAUUUAAAACUGUUACUUCGACUAUGAUUAAUUUCCUUAAAUGUCUGAUUUUUUUUGUAAGAUGCCAUAAAAUUUCUGAUGUUGCUACCGAAAAAGACAUAUCGAUUGCUGAACAAGAUGAUCUCCAAGCCAAAGAAAAAGAGAAAAAACUUGGACAUAGGCGAGUGGGUGUUGAUGGAGAAAUCACCUAUAAAAAAAUUCAAACUGGUCAAAUUAUGGGUUCCAUACAACUGGGAAUACAACAUGCAGUAGGAGGCCUUGCUUCAAAACCUGAACGUGAUUUGCUUAUGCAAGAUUUUAUGACUGUUGAAACGACUGUGUUUCCAAGUGAUGGUACUAAUCACACUCCAGCUCACCAUUAUCCAGAGUUUAUUUUUAAGACAUACGCUCCAAUUGCAUUCCGUUAUUUCAGAGAUUUAUUUGGCAUUCAGCCAGAUGAUUAUCUUAUAUCGUUUUGUAACUCGCCACUCCGUGAAUUGUCCAACCCGGGUGCUAGUGGAUCAAUAUUUUAUCUCACACGGGAUGAUGAAUUUAUCAUGAAAACUGUACAGCAUAAGGAAGGUGAAUUUUUACAAAAACUACUUCCUGGAUACUACAUGAAUUUGAAUCAGAAUCCGAGAACUUUAUUGCCAAAAUUUUUUGGUCUUUAUUGUUAUCAAUGCAACUCAAAAAAUAUUAGAUUAGUAGCUAUGAACAAUUUAUUACCUUCCAACAUAAAAAUGCACCAAAAGUAUGAUCUGAAAGGUUCUACUUACAAAAGAAAAGCUUCCAAAGAUGAAAGACAAAAGUCAUCGCCUACAUUUAAAGAUUUAGACUUUAAAGAACAUCAUCCUGAUGGUAUAUUUUUGGAGCCAGACACCCACUCAGCUCUUCUAAAAACUAUGCAAAGAGAUUGUCGAGUUCUUGAAAGUUUUAAAAUAAUGGACUACAGUCUUUUAGUGGGCGUUCAUAACGUCGACCUUGCUCAGAGAGAGAAAGAAGAACGACGAGUGGCACGAUUACGCAAGGCUGUGGAAACUGAUGCAGAUACUUUAUCAGAAACGUCUACUUUAAGUCGAACAGCUGAAGCCAACCGGCAACGUUUGAUGGCUCAUUCAACAGCUAUGGAAAGUAUUCAAGCAGACACUGGAACUUCGUCAGAUGAAGAUUGUSCUUCGCCUAGAGGUGGCAUACCUGCUAGAAGUGGAAGUGGUGAUAGCUUAUUACUAUUUGUUGGAAUUAUUGACAUACUUCAAAGUUAUAGACUAAAGAAGAAACUAGAGCAUACGUUCAAAGCCAUCAUACACGAUGGCGACUCUGUUUCUGUGCACAGACCUGAUUUCUAUGCUACUAGAUUUUUGGACUUUAUGACGAAAUCUGUGUUCAAGAAACUUUUGUGUCCUUUAAAACGUUCACCAUCUAAGCGACGUAGCAUGUCACGUACUCGAACGCGUGAUCAAACUGAUGCGGAAGGUACAUUUUCCACAUGUUCAACACCACCACCAGCAUUUGAGGAUGCUAUUCGCCGUGACUUUGUAUACGAAAAACGUUCCAGCAUGACUCGCAUACGUCGUCCAUCACCAGGAUUGCGCAUAGAUGGCCCUUCUGGCUCGUCGCACGCCGGCGAGAGUAAGUCGUCUACAUUGAGUGUGGGAUCGGGCAGCACUACAUCUGGCAUCGGGGGUUCAGCAGGCAGACAAUCUGUGGAAGCCACAUGGACGGAAGGCACGCCUAGCUACACGGAGUCUUCAAGCAGCGCCGACAUGGCUUCAGAUACCAUACAAAUGGCAAUUCUGGGGGGUGAUCUUAAAUCAUUAGAAAUGACACGCUUAUAAGUUAUAGAAUGUUACUUAUAGUCUAAUCGGAACAGAUUUUAUUAGAUUAACUUAAUAAUUAUUUAUCUAAAUUGAAUUAAACCUGAUUUGUCAGUACCUAUACCAAGAUUCAAUGAUAUAUUUCUAGUGUAGGAUAUCUUUCAUUUGGAUGAAAUUUUUUUAAUACUAAUUAUAGUUCAUACAACUUUUCUGUCAUCGUGAGAUGCACUUUGAUGAUUGCUUAUCAAAAUUAGAACAGUAUUACUGUAUUACUGCUCAUUUGGCAUAAUAUGCCAUUAAAUAGUAUUGUGCAGACAAGCAUUAAUAUGAUUAAAAACUUGCCAAUUUCGAACAAAGAUCUGCUAAAAUUAUUUGAUCCGAUUGGACUGUCUAAUUUGACRAAUUGUUUUUAUUAUUAUUAUUUUUUUUUUAAAUUUGUAGAGCUGCUGAGCCCCUUUUGUUGGAUCUCUUAAUAAUAAGGCCAAACCCUAAAAUUUAAUUAUAAAAGACAAUUUUAAACGCUUAUGAAUAGCAUGUUAUUUAGCACCAGCACAAAAUUCUCACUUUUCAACAUUAAAAAAAAAAAAUUGUUGUUUCAUUUUUAUUAGUUAUUAUUAUUGAUAUAAUGACUAAAAAAAUUCAUUAUUCUACAUUCUAAUAUUGUUUAUUAUAGAUGGUACCAUUUUGGUUGAGAACCGCUUCCAGCGGAUGAAACACAAUGUGAUGGCUCGUGUAUUUAGGUUAUCGCCAGCCGAAAAAUAACC